AUGGAGGACAAACCAUCGGUGUCUAUAACACCGCCAAACGAUGAAACCAGGCAACCAUUGGGGCAUGGUAGUACAAGUGUUAGCAGCGCCUGUCUUUCACCGGCCUUGUCCUCUGGUUUCUGUGGCUGCUCCUCCAACGAAAUUUCUCUCGGAACUCCCACUUCUACGCCCCGUUGCGCCACUUUGCCUGGUUCCAGCGCCACGCCGCCUCGGUCCCUAGUAGGCCGCCUUAUGUCGGAACCCAAUCCUUUUUCCUAUCAACAUACCGCCAUUGUUCCGGGCUUGGAGUCUGUGGAUGGUAUACUGCGCCUCAAAGCCACACGGCGCACCUUUCAACUACUCUGCAGUCUCGUGGAACCAAAGAUGCAGUCGCCGAAUUGGUGUGAGCCCCUGCUACACAGACGGCGGCAGAGAACUCAGGGGCAGAUCGGCUCAGAGCCGUCAACAAUGAUCAGCGCCGAUGUUACUGAUUGUGGUGAUGGCCGCGGCAUUGCGGUUGAUGCCGCUUAUCCCGGAAACGCGCCCCCUCAACCGGUAAGAGCGGGCAUGUAUAUAGCACUUUGCUCCACGGAAAAUUUUAAAUCAGGUUACUCUGUCGGUUAACACCUCUACUAUCUAGACUACUUGUGCUCACCGUCCUUAUGUAUGGGGAAAAGGGUAUGGUUAGUCACAGUAAGGUGGAAGUAGUCAUCUUAAUCAUCAACGUCAACAAGAGCAGCAGUCGCCACCGCCGCCGCCACCGCCGCCGCUGCCACCACCACCACCACCACCAUCACCACCACCACCACCACCACCACCACCACCACCACCACCACCACCACCACCACCACCAGAGAGCUUGUUAAUGGACUAUAA